GCUCCCGCCUGAAAAUGACAUUUCGCCGGCGUCUCCGGAGGGGGCUGAAUUUCACUUUGUAACUUUCUGCGGAACCCGAGCCCGGGUGGCAGCUCGGUGGUGGUAUCGUAUGCAAAUACGCAUGCUGACGUUACAGAUCAUGUGGGUUUUGGCGUAGAUUCCCCACUGAUCGAGACAUUUUUUUUUCCCCUUUUUUUCUCCUUCUUUUUUUUUUUUUUUCUUUUUAAAAUUUUGGCCACUGUUCUCCGUACGGGGGCUUUUUCUGUCCGUCUGUCUGGCAGGCUGGCUGUCCCCCUCUUUCCCACGGAGCCCGAGCCGGGCGCCGGGUGGGGAGUGGGGAGUGGGGAGUGGGUGGGGGGAGCCAGCAGAGUUCCAUUUUGGAACGCCCGCGCCGCGUCUCCGCGCUCCCAGCCCGGGUCCCCGCGUUCCCAGCCCCGGCGCAGGUCUUCAUGCACUGGCUGCUCUCGGAGUCCAAGUGUAAAAAGAUUCCCAGGAUGUAAGCAAUACGGGAUUGGUAUGAUGCUGCCUCUCAUGUUUAGCCAUUGGAACAGUUACAAUUUUCUGUGCUGAAAUCAUUCUGAAAACUCAAACACUAGACUUCAGCAUUCAAGAGAAGCCAAAGCCAUUGGGGGGGAAUAAAGCCAAAAGCCUUUUAUCUUAUUUGUUCCAAGAAUUUCACUGCCCCUUCCCUGCCUGCCCCCACCCCCAAAUAAGCCAUCGCACACAGACAGGCAGCAUGGCGAGCAAACGAAAAUCUACAACCCCGUGCAUGGUUCGGACAUCACAAGUAGUAGAACAAGAUGUGCCCGAGGACGGAGACAGGGCCAAAGAGAAAGGAAUCAGCACGCCACAGCCUGACACAGCCAAGGACGGUUGGGCAGCGGAACCUGAAAGCUCUUCCAAAGAAAAUGAAGUGAUCGAGGUGAAAUCGACAGGGGAAAACCCAUCCAAAAAACUCCAAGGUGGCUAUGAAUGCAAAUACUGCCCCUACUCCACGCAAAACCUGAACGAGUUCACGGAGCACGUUGACAUGCAGCACCCCAACGUGAUCCUCAACCCCCUCUAUGUGUGUGCCGAAUGUAACUUCACAACCAAAAAGUACGACUCCCUGUCUGACCACAACGCCAAGUUCCACCCCGGGGAGACCAACUUCAAGCUGAAAUUGAUCAAGCGCAAUAAUCAGACUGUCUUAGAGCAGUCCAUCGAAGCCACCAACCACGUCGUGUCCAUCCCCACCAGCGGCCCCGGAAGCAGUGACAGUGAUCCUGGCAUCUCGGUGAGUAAAACCCCCAUCAUGAAGCCGGGGAAACCGAAAGCUGAUGCCAAGAAGGUGCCCAAGAAGCCCGAGGAGGCCACCCCCGAGAACCACGUGGAAGGGACCGCCCGCCUGGUGACAGACGCGGCUGAGAUCCUCUCGAGACUCGGAAGCGUGGAGCUCCUCCAGGACACGUUAGGGCACGUCAUGCCUUCUGUCCAGCUGCCACCAAAUAUCAACCUUGUCCCCAAGGUCCCCGUCCCACUGAAUACUACCAAAUACAACUCUGCCCUGGACACAAACGCCACCAUGAUCAACUCCUUCAACAAGUUCCCUUACCCGACCCAGGCUGAAUUGUCCUGGCUGACGGCCGCUUCCAAACACCCAGAAGAGCACAUCAGAAUCUGGUUUGCCACCCAGCGCUUAAAGCACGGCAUCAGCUGGUCCCCGGAGGAGGUAGAGGAGGCCCGGAAGAAGAUGUUUAAUGGCACCAUCCAGUCAGUACCCCCAACAAUCACUGUGCUGCCCGCCCAGCUGGCCCCCACAAAAAUGUCACAGCCCAUCCUGCAGACAGCUCUACCGUGCCAGAUCCUUGGCCAGACCAGCCUGGUGCUGACCCAGGUGACAAGUGGGUCAACAACCGUCUCUUGUAGCCCCAUCACGCUUGCUGUGGCUGGAGUGACCAACCACGGCCAGAAGAGACCUCUAGUGACUCCCCAAGCUGCCCCCGAGCCCAAGCGUCCACAUGUUGCUCAGGUGCCAGAGCCCCAACCCAAGGUGGCCAACCCUUCACUGACCCCGGCCAGCGACCGCAAGAAGACGAAGGAGCAGAUAGCACAUCUCAAGGCGAGCUUUCUCCAGAGCCAGUUCCCUGACGAUGCUGAGGUCUACCGACUCAUCGAGGUGACCGGCCUUGCCAGGAGUGAGAUCAAGAAGUGGUUCAGUGACCACCGGUAUCGGUGUCAAAGGGGCAUUGUCCACAUCACCAGCGAAUCCCUUGCCAAAGACCAGCUGGCCAUCGCAGCCUCCCGACACGGUCGCACGUACCAUGCAUACCCAGACUUUGCCCCACAGAAGUUCAAAGAAAAAACGCAGGAUCAGCUUAAAAUCCUGGAAGACAGCUUUUUGAAAAGCUCUUUUCCAACCCAAGCAGAACUGGACCGGCUAAGGGUGGAGACCAAGCUGAGCAGGAGAGAGAUCGACUCCUGGUUCUCGGAGAGGCGGAAGCUUCGGGACAGCAUGGAACAGGCUGUCUUGGAUUCCAUGGGGUCUGGCAAAAAAGGCCAAGAUGCGGUGGCCCCCAAUGGUGCUCUGUCUCGACUUGACCAGCUCUCCGGUGCCCAGUUAGCCAGCUCUCUGCCCAGCCCUUCACCAGCAAUUACAAAAAGUCAAGAACAGGUUCAUCUCCUGAGGAGCACCUUUGCAAGAACCCAGUGGCCUACGCCCCAGGAGUAUGACCAGUUAGCAGCAAAGACUGGUCUGGUGCGGACUGAAAUCGUGCGUUGGUUCAAGGAGAACAGAUGCUUGCUAAAAACCGGAACCUUGAAGUGGAUGGAGCAGUACCAGCAACAGCACGUGGCGGAUGAUCAUGGCUACGACGCCACGUCUAGGAAAGCAGCAAAAGCCGUCAUCACCGAGAGCCCAAAGAACGGGAGUGAGGUGGGUCAGCAAUAUUACAAGGACCCCAAAAAGCUCUGCGAAGAGGACUUGGAGAAGUUGGUACCCAGGGUGAAAGUGGGCAGCGAACGAGCAAAAGACGGUUUGCCAGCAAAGCCUUCAGAGGCCACCUUGGACAGGUCAGAGGGCAACAGCCGGGAUGGCCAGGGCAGCGAUGAGAACGAGGAGUCAGGCGUCGUGGACUGGGUGGAGGUGACAGUCGGAGAGGAGGACGCCAUCUCAGACAGGUCGGACAGCUGGAGUCAGGCCGCAGCCGAAGGCACGGCAGAGCUGGCCGACUCGGACUCCGACAGCGUCCCUGCCGAGGCCGGCCAGGCCUAGACAGGGAGGUCCGUCUGGACUGCUGUGCUGAUAACUGCUGUGCUGUCUUUGAAGAAAGAAGAGAACUUCCCUCUCCGGCCACCGGCCAUCCUGGCCAGAGACUGACUCCCAGUGGAAAUACUUAGCCUGCGUGUGCCUGCAGGGUGCGGGAACCCCAGCUGCUUUCACACGCACCUGCCAGAGGACCGGUGGGAACUGUUCAUAGUGCCAAAGUCCUACUACUGCGUUUUCAAUGCGCCCUUGUAAAUAGUUUGCUCCUCUGCCCCGGCCCCCGCCUCUUGCUAUACUGGAACCGAUUUGUACAAUGUGGGAAUUUUGUUACCUUUUUAAUCGAGGGCAACUCUCUUUUCCAGCACUACCAUUGUAAGGUUUUUUCCAGGAGGGAGGGCUGAUCACACGUGCUUUUUCUCUUUUUGCCUUUUCUUUUUUUAUUUUUAUUUUAUUAAUUUGGGGGAGGGGGGAGUGUUAGCAUUAGUGCCAUUAUAUCUACUGGAUUUUAGGUAGGGGGAGUUCAUUUUUUAAAGGUAGUUUGAAAUUUGGGAGAUUUCUCGGGGUGGGGAACGGCUGGGAUUCGAGCGUCUGUCUCAACUUGAAGAGGGUUUACAAAUAGCGGAUCUUCCAAGUCAAAUCUGUUUCCAGUUCUUCCCCCAGCCGCCUCUGGGGUCCUGUUUAGCCACGCACACGGCUUUCUGAGCUGCCAAGAGGCAGGUCUGGUUUUCGACGGCCCGGCCUCUCAGGUCAGACCGUGGGCCCAGCCAGCACCGGGAGAACUGGGUAGCAGGUGGCUGUCAUUUUUAAGCACCUUUUUAGAUACCAGCAGAAAGGGCUCCCACAUUUGUCAACAUUGUCAUUACUUCUGUGAAAUGAAAACAAAACGAGAUCUUCCUAUCUAGAUGGUACAAAGAUGAACAGUUUUCAUUUCAUCAUUUUGUUUCAUUUGGUUUUCAUUUCUGUUCCUAACUGCCUUUUCUCAGUGUGGUAUUUGACAAGAUUUCAGCUUGAAGCCUCACCAUCAAUUGAUUCUUU